CGCAAACCCGGUCUGCAACAUCAUGCCUUCACAGUAAGUGAAGAAGAAUGAUUGAAAUGGAUAUAAAAGCCCUAUUCCCGCUUUGGUGCAAGUCCUUUGUCUCCCAAGUCGAGAACUUCUCACCAGAAUCACAAGGAUGGCUGCUAGCUUGGAUCAUAGCACAACUUCGGAUACCUACAAGUCUGAGGACAUGCUCUCAGACCGCCGAGAAGGUGUGAUACCCAACCCUUCGACCUUCGAUGCCGGCUCCACCAUCCCUCUCUGGCUUGAUGGUCAACAAGUCGAGCUGUCUGAAACCUUCGACGUGAUCUCCCCCCAAAACCAGCAACUUCUGUACAAGUGCUCCUCUGCCAGCGAGACCGAUGUCGAGAGAGCCGUUGCUUCGGCACAGGAGGCAUUCAAGACGUGGUCCCAGACGAAACCCAACUUCAGAAGAGACAUUUUCUUGCGCGCAGCCGACAUCUUCGAGAAGCGAAAGCAAGAACUGGGCCACUACAGCCAGACCGAGACUGGAGCGCUGCCGUCCAUGUUCUCGCUUGAGCAUGGCCUUGCGGCAGAUGCGUGUAGGAGUGUCGCAGGUCUCAUCCAGAUCGCUACUACGUCUUCCGUCCUCAUCCCAGCGGAGCGUGGGAGCAACGCCAUGAUGGUCAAACAGCCAUACGGGGUGGUCCUGGCGAUAUCUCCUUGGAACGUCCCGAACGUGCUCGGCCUCAGGGCCUGCUUACAGCCGUUGGCCAUGGGCAACACGGUGGUGCACAAAGGGCCCGAACUAGCUCCGGCCACUCACUGGGGCGUUGUCUCUGUCCUCCACGAGGCUGGUCUCCCGGCAGGAUGUCUGAAUACCAUCUACCACCGUCCGGCAGAUGCCCGCAAGAUCACCACCGCGCUUAUUGCGCACCCGGCAAUCAAGAAGAUCAACUUCACCGGGUCGACCGCGGUCGGCGCCAUCCUCGCCGCACAGGCUGGAAAGCAUUUGAAACCCACCGUAAUGGAGCUGGGAGGUAAAUCCCCUUCGAUCGUAUGCGACGACGCCAACAUUCCAUACGCGGCUCAACAGUGCGCAUUGGGCGCCAUGCUUCAUGCCGGACAGAUCUGCAUGUCCACUGAGAGAAUCAUCGUCCACGCGCGAGUCGCCGACCAAUUCCGCGCCGCCUUCAAAGAGGCCAUCGACCACAUCUUCGCCGACAAGGGCAUCGGGGCCGUCCCUCGACUGAUAUCUCUCCCGGCAGCCAAGAAAACCGAGAGUCUUGUUGCCGACGCCCUCUCAAAGGGUGCUGUCGCUCUCUGCCCCCGCCACGGGAAUAAUGCGGACAACAACAACAACGUCGUCGACAGUGCCGACGACACGAAACUCGCGCCCACGGUGCUCGAGAACGUGGAACCGGGGAUGGAUAUCUACUACACCGAGUCCUUCGGGCCGACCGCCUCUCUCUACGUCGUCGACUCCGACGAAGAAGCCAUCCGGCUAGCAAACGACACGCAAUACGGCCUCUCCAGCGCCGUCUUCACCGAAGACUUGCGGUGAGGGUUGGCCAUCGCCAAGAAGAUCGAGACGGGAGCCGUACACAUCAAUUCCACGACGGUCCACGACGAGUCGGCCUUGCCUCAUGGGGGAGUCAAGGCCAGCGGCUGGGGUCGGUUCAACAGCCUGCAAGGCCUCGAUGAGUGGGUAUUCACCCAGGUCGUGACCUGAAAGGACCGAGACUACUACGCGGGCAAGGACAUUGGAUCAUACAUGAACUGGUAAUGGCUACGAAAGACUGGAGGUGGCUGAGACCUGGGGUAUCAGCCAAGCAAGCGCGAUUUGAGCUGAUCGGGCGUCGAAUGGGUGUGAGGGUCUUCUUGUUGCCAACCACAGCGACGUUCUUGUGUCACACGAUCUUUAAUUCAAGUCAAU